UUGUUGAGCAGGGAGCUGACAUUUAUGUUACUACAAAGGUCAAACAAUAAACCAUGGAUUUACAUUAUUAUGUAUAUAUUUAAGGAACGACUGGGCGCAUUGCAUGUUUGCGCAAUGUGGGGAACUGAAGCAAUGUUGCGUUAUCUUCUCGAAAAAAAUUUAGAUAGUUCAAGACCUGGGGUUAUAUUAAUCAAAAUGGGCAUUUUCUCUAAAAAAUUUAAACAGGCAGGCCGGUUGCCGAUUCAUUUUGCAUCUGAGAGACGCUCAGCCAGUGCAGUUGCUAUCCUGAAAACGUUGAUCAAUGUAAAUCCUGGCUGCAGAACUGCAUCGGACAAAAACGGUAAUCUUCCUCUACAUUUUGCUAUUCGUGCUGGAAAUAUGGCAGCCGUGAACUUUUUGUUGCAAAAAGAACCGAAAAAACAGAUUAGUGCGAAAGACAUGGACGGCAACACUCCACUACAUCUAGCAGCGAUGAAUUUGUACGAAUUAUUGUGCAAAAUGGAGGUGGAGAGGAAGUUAAUACACAGAAUAAUCAGGGUCGAACACCUCUUCAUGAGGUAUCUUAAUUUGAUUUUGCGAGGAACUUUUAAUACUUAA